UGGGGUGUGGAAGUCCCCAAAAGUGUGAGGUGCCCCCCGCCCCCCUUUAAUUGAAUACUCAAAGUGUUGGAGGUCUCCGAAACUGUGGGGUGCCCUUAGGAUUAUAGGGACGGUUAGGAUUAUAGUAGCAGGUUUGCCUCAGUAUAUGGGGAUCUGUAUAAGAAUUGAUGCUCCAGGUAAAUGGGGAUGCUUACAGGGGAAAAUGGUACCUUGCAAAAUGGAUAAUUUCAGAGCUACAGGGCCCCAAAAAUGUGAGAUGACACAAUGGUGCCCUGGAGCUGGGGGGUUGCCCCAAACUGGACAAGUGUUCCCAGAGAACAGCAGUAUCCUUGAGUCUGGUGAUACCCAAGGGAUAUGAUGGUGGCCCUUACCAGGUGCCCCCAGGGAAGAGAGCUGCCCCAAAAACGUGGGGCACCCCUAUGACUGACAAGCAUGGAAAACUGUGAGGAUGGGGGUGCUCAAAUGGUUUGUGAGUGCCCCAGAGUAAUGGGGGUGCAUGGGGAAUGCCCUUGCGUGCAUAUUUCCCCUAAAGGCAAUAGGGGUACUCAGAGCCCCAGCAUUCGCUAAGUCUGCGGGGCUGGCACAGGGGCACGGCUCUGUCUCAUGGCAUGGCUUGACUUCGCUUAGCUUGGCACGGCACAGCCAGUGCAGGAAGGAUAUGGGACUCUGCUCUGGGACAGCCCCCAUAGCAACCCCCAACAGAGGGCAAGCCAGCCUUGCAGUCCCCCUGUGCAUCCCCCAGAUGCUGACACCACCCUUGCUCUGUCAAUGGGGAAACCGAGGCACAGAGCCCUACAUUGCCAUCACCCACUGUCCAUGGCUGUGGAGAGCUGCUGCUCUCCUGGGCAGACCGCAGCAUACAGGGGUAUCUUGAAGGAGAUCCCCUCAUCCACUGAGAGCCUGGGGACAAACUGGAGACACCAGCUGGAGACCCCUGGCGUGCAUAAUUGCAGGGAUGACAAUGAACCCCUAGGUGCACCCCCGGUGGCCUGGGACAACCUGGGACAUGAGGGUGACAGGGGGCUGUGGCCUCCCGUCGGCCUGGGAAAGGCAUCUGGAGGGACCAGGGUCCCUUUGGCUGCCACUUCCGCUUCAUGCUGGGAGAAGAUUUUGCAACAUUUCCUCCCCAGGCAGUAUAAAGUGUGUGCUGGAGGAAAGGGGCACUGGGAGGCGGCACGGCAGCAGCCGCAGGUGAGAGAUCCUCCUGCUGGUGAGACUCCUGGGUCUGGUGCUGCCCUGCAUCCCACCACACUUUGUACUGGAGCCCUUUGGGGGUGACAUCUGGAUUUAAACCUGCACCUGUGUGCUUCCCAGUGAGAAACACCUUGGGAUCAGGAGAAGACCCCACAUUUGAGGGGACGGCGACAGCAGCAAGCAGCAAAAUGGAGUCCUUGUCCUUCACUGGGGAUCUCUCCAAAAUCUUCUAUGACAACUACACAUAUGACUACAGCACAGCCAUGCCUGACACUGCUAUCUUAUCCUCUCCGUGCCGGCCUGAAAACUCUGCCCUCAACAAAUACCUGGUGGUGGUGAUCUACUGCCUUGUCUUCAUCCUCAGUGUGGUAGGGAAUGGGCUGGUGGUGCUGGUGGUGACCUCCAGCCACACGAGCCGCUCCGUCACCGAUGUCUACCUGCUCAACCUGGCUGUGGCAGACCUGCUCUUCGCUUUGAGCCUGCCACUUUGGGCAGCCUACCGAGCACACGAGUGGGUCUUUGGCACUGUGAUGUGCAAAGCCAUCUCCGUGCUGCAGGAAGCCAACUUCUACAGCGGCAUCCUUCUGCUGGCUUGCAUUAGUGUGGACCGCUACCUGGCCAUCGUCUACGCCACACGGGCUGCCACUGAGAAGAGGCACUGGGUGAAGUUUGUCUGCUUGGGCAUCUGGGUCUUCUCCGUGCUGCUCUCCCUGCCUGUGCUGCUCUUCCGUGAGGCUUUCCGCUCACCCAACAAUGGCACUGUGUGCUAUGAGCAAAUCAAUGGCGAGGACACGGCCAAGUGGCGGGUGGUGCUUCGGAUCCUGCCGCAGACAUUCGGCUUUAUCUUGCCCCUCCUGGUGAUGUUCUUCUGCUAUGGCGUCACCAUCCACACCCUCCUGCAGACCAAGAAUGCUCAGAAGCAGCGGGCCAUGAAGGUCAUCUUUGCUGUGGUGCUGGUCUUCCUCAUCUGCUGGCUGCCCUACAACAUCACACUGGUGAGCGACACUCUCAUGAGGACACGGGCUAUUGCUGAGACCUGUGAGAGAAGGAACCGUAUCGACACAGCCCUCUCUGUCACGCAGGUCCUGGGCUUUGCCCACAGCUGCAUCAACCCUAUCAUCUAUGCCUUCAUCGGUCAAAAGUUUCGCAACAGCUUCCUCAAGAUCCUGGCGCACCGUGGGCUGAUCAGCAAGGAUGCUGUUGCCCGCUAUGGCCGCACCUCCUAUGCCUCCACCUCUGGCAAUACAUCCACCACCCUCUGAGCCCCUCUGGGACCCAACCCCUGUGGGUACCAGCAGAUCUCAGCACCCCACACACCUCAGCAUCCUCAUCCAGUCCCCUGGAACAUGGCUGGUGAUGCCAUGGGGAUGGGCAGGGCCACCACUGGAUGCUGAACCCCAACUGGAAGGAGGCUUGGGUGACAAGGUGGUAGAACCCCAUUGCCAGGGGAGUGAUGUCAAGUGUCCACCCUCCCCUCUUUUUGGUACCUGUGACCCUGGGGAUUCUGUGAGCCUGCUGUGGGGAUGGUGUUUUAACCUG